AAAGGUGACGAUCUCCAGCGUUGCCAAAACGCAGAGUGCAGAACACACGUGUCUUGUUUUCCUCCGUCGCCGAACUUCACACACACGCACGCACCCACCGCAGUUCCAGAAUCUGAUUUUUUUCUUCAGUCACGCUUCUUCUUCUCUCAUAUACCCUUCACUUUCAAUCAUUUAUUUAAGGUCAAGGAUUUCAUAAAUUGUGGGAUCUGAAUUCACUGAAACAGGAAUGCAUUUGAAUACCAAUCAGAUAAAAUGAUGCAAGUAUAGUUUGUGGAAUUUCAGUUUUCUCGAAUAAUUGGGAUGUCGCUGGUUCGAACCAAUUUCUGUAAUCAGAUGUCCCAACUAUCAAAUGAGCUGCCUUAUGAGGAUAUUUAUUAGGUUAAAUAAAAAUGGGAGCACUCCACCAGUUCAGGACUUAUCCACUGACACCAAUCUGUCUAAGAUUGACGAUGGCAAAGAUAUUUUACAACAUUUUACAAGAGCCUCGGGCGAUAUUGAAGAGACAAAGGAAUCUGAUUUGAAAGGCGGAGAAAAUUGUCCAAAGGGUACAUCUGUUGAGGAAAUUGAUGUAUCCGGAGAUGUUAACAUGGAGGCAUCCAUAACACCUGAUGAUGUAAUCCGGGCUGGGGGAUUUGGUGCUAGAGAUGAUAUCAGUAGCUUUCUUCCUGUUGCAAGUGAUUCAACUGACUUUGAAGCUUCAAUUCGUGAUGCACGAGACUACGAGGAACCCCAAGGAGAAGUAAGCAGGCCCGGACUUGGUUGGACUGGUGCGACUACGGGUGAAUAGUUAUUGUCUCUGUUGUAAGCACUUAUAGUUGCAUCUUUUUAACUAGGGCGAUACUCUUGUGUUUAUCUUCUUAACUGGUCCUUGUUAAACUCAAUGAGUCAUGUAAUAUCAGAAAAAAAAUCUUGUUAAAAAUACUGUGAAACUAUUUUCUUGUAAA